UCAGCAUUUAGACUCGCUACUCGAGUUCUCACAGCACCACCACAAAAUGUCAGUCCGUUACUGAAUUUAAAUGAAAAGUUUUUAAAGAACCUUUGUUUACGUAAGAACAUUAUCGAAGGAAGUGUGAUUACUUGUUGUCAGGACCCACAGCAAGAAUGUAGGUCAAGACAACAAUUAAUUAUGCAUCCUGAAAUAAUCAGGAUAAUUAUUGGUAUUGGAUCUAGCUUUGGAUUCUCUCCCAUUCGUACUGUCACGCCUCUUGCCUGCAUUGCGUCCUGACCCCGUUGGUCAAGGUAAGCUGUGCUGUGUGGACAAAGUUGGAACCAUGUCAGAGUUUGGACACGUUAGAGCCACACGGGUCAUCAGCAGUGGCUCAGACAAAGAUGAGCGCCAGCGGCAGCCACAGCCAAGGGAAAGUCUGGAGAAGAAGGAAUCAGGCUGGGGACAGACUGCUAUGCUGGACAAUACAGAGGAGUUUUUCCAGAUCUGUGACAGUGAGGGAAAGGGCUUCAUCACACGCACUGAUAUGAGGAGGCUACACAAAAAAUUGCCGCUCUCUGCUGAAGAACUGGAGAAUGUUUUAGAUUCACUAGACCUUGACAGAAAUGGCUACCUCACCCUGGGAGAGUUCUCCUCUGGAUUCAGUGACUUUCUUUAUGGACGGAGGCUUUCCAAAACUGAGGAUCUAAUGGCUGCAGCCUCUCAGAAGAUUCCAGAAGCUCUGCAACAGAACCCAUGUGAUGAACGGCUUUCAGGGAACGAGGACAAGGACGAGGAAGAGAGGCAUUUCAGCAUGUUGAUGGAGAGCUUGGGUGCUAGCAUUGUCUUUGAAGACCCGAAUGAGAUCCGUAGUCUUUGGGCUCAGCUGAGAAAAGAUGAGCCUCACCUCUUGUCCAACUUUGAGGAGUUUUUGGCCCGUGUCACAAAUCAAAUCCAAGAGGCACAACAGGAGAGAAAGGAGAUGGAGAGCGCCCUCAGGAGGAAAGCAGCCACACAUGACAGUGAAAUUCGCAGACUAUAUGAGGAAAUGGAACAACAAAUCAUUAAUGAAAAAGAUAGAGCAUUUCUGAAGAACUCUGAAAAUCUGCAGCUGCGCAGUCAAGACCUUCAGAAGCAGCUCCACAGUAAAGAACAGGAUUUGGAGCAGCUUUUCCAGAAACAGAGGAGGUUGGAGCGACAGUGUUGUGAGCUUCAUAGUGAACACCAGGAGAGUCAGUUGGAGAACAUUAAACUAAAAAUGACCAAUGAGGAGCUGUCUCGUGAACUUGAGCACACAUGCCAAGAGCUGGUUUUGGCUCAGGAGCAGCUGGGUAUUCUACAAGAGCAAGCUUCUCGACUACAGCAGGAGAGAGAGAUGGAGAUGUACAGAAUAACAGAAGGACUGCAGAGAGAAAAACAGAGUUUGAUGAAACAGUUGGAUCUACUCAGAGAAAUGAAUAAACAUCUUAGAGAUGAGCGAGACAUUAGCUUUCUGAAACACAGUAAUUCUAUGAAAAAAUCAUCCCGGAAGCAAAGACUGAACACAGCUUCAAUAAAAUACACAGAGAGGAAACCAUCUGUCAAAAAAGAAGUUAACAAAGAGGAUGUAAUUCAGCGCUCUCAUAAGAAGGCCUCCUCUUUAGCAAAUGGCUAUUGCUCUCCCUUCACCACAGGAAAUGAGGAAAAAUGGGAGGUGGAUGGGAGAUCUGAGAAGGAAGCUGGUGACUUAGAAGGUGUAAAUGCCAGAGUGGAUGUGGAGGAUGCUCCACUGGAUGGAUGGCCUCUACGCAGAGUCAUAUCCAUCGAGGAGGAUCACCUACCUCACCUGUUGCAAGGAGACCCUCAUCCUCUUCUCCAUCAGCUGAGUGAGGAGGAAGAAGAGCGGGGUGGAGAGGAGAUAGGUCAGACUGAUCUAGAGAUGGGCUCCCUUUACCCCUCCAAUGCAUCCUUGGCUUCUGCUAACUCUCCACCACCAGUUAGGGUGAAGAAGCCCUCUAAGAAGAAAUGGAUCAGAGGGCAUAUGCCCUCUUCUGCACGGGGACAGCCUGUUGGCAAAGAGACCAUCCAACAGGGUCCUGCAGAGGGUGCAGCUGUGGCCCCUCAACGCCUUUUUAAGGUAAUUUUGGUUGGAAAUUCCAGUGUUGGCAAAACAGCAUUUCUGCGACGCUUCUGUGACGGACAGUUCUACUCUACCACAUCAGCCACUGUGGGCAUUGACUAUAGUGUGCGGACUUUAAAUUUGGGCGACAGCCACGUGGCUCUCCAGUUAUGGGACACUGCAGGCCAAGAGAGGUAUUGCAGCAUUACCAAGCAGUUUUUCCGCAAGGCAGAUGGCGUGGUGGUCAUCUAUGACAUCACAAUGGAGGAUAGUUUCAGAUCAGUCCGCCCCUGGCUGGCCAGCAUACAGGAAGUUGUAGGAGACCCUAUACCUGUCAUGCUCCUUGGCAACAAAUCGGACAAGGAAUAUGAUAGAGAGGUGCAGAUAAAAGAGGCAGAGAUGCUAGUUGAGGAAACACAUCUGAUGUUCUAUGAGUGCAGUGCUUAUACUGGAGCUAAUGUGAUGGAGGCCAUGAUACACCUGGCUCGGGUUUUGAGGGAACAGGAAGACAGAGUAUGGGUGAACACCAUCAGACUGGUGGAUCAGCCGUUAAAAAAGAAAAGCUGCUGCAAGUGACCACACACAUAUGCAUGUUGCACACACACCUCUGAAUCUAUGCA